GCCAAUCACAGGCUGAGCUUCCCCUUGGCUUUGCUUUCCUGCCUCUUAGAGUUAAAAGUGAUGCUGUGACUGUGAGGAAAAGACUGAGUUAGAAUCAAGUAGAAUCUUCCUUGGAAAAAUAUAAGCAGAAAUAGAUGGUAAAUAGCAGAAAAUGUUCAAGCUGUGGUGCUGAAUCGGACAAUACUGCAUUUCCAGGAACAGCAACAAAUUUGAAAGAUAUUUACAGUAUGGAUUUAAUUGUCUGAAACCAUUCUGAAUUAGUAUCAUUUAUGCCUGUCUUGAGAAAGAUCUCAUUGAAGGAACGAAACAUCGACAUUGAUGGCAAUAUAAAACCAAAUGGAGCAUCUGUUUUGUAUAAGGAUUAACAACAUGGGAGAAAAAAUAAUAAAGACAAUAUUAGAGAAUAACCCCAACUAAUAAGAAGCUACAAAAAUAAAGUUCAAAUAUAUUUAACUUUCAUUAUAUUUUUCAACUGUGUUGGAAAACGGAAACUAUGGUAUCUUGUCCAGUACUAAUGCUUCUGUUUUGGAUUUGCAAACCAAACCCUUGUCAUACUGAGCUCUACUUUAAGAGACCCUCUGAUGAACAACCUCAAGAAAUAUUGCGACAUUUUUCUGUAAAUGAUGGCAAACUACUAAAUCGGCAUAAACGAGGAUGGAUGUGGAAUCAGUUCUUUUUGUUAGAAGAGUAUACCGGUUUGGAUUACCAAUAUGUAGGCAAGCUCCAUUCAGAUCAAGAUAAAGGCGAUGGGAAUCUAAAAUAUAUCCUCAAUGGAGAUGGAGCAGGAACACUUUUUGUCAUUGAUGAGAGAACAGGUGACAUUCAUGCCACACGAAGAAUUGACAGAGAAGAAAAAGCAUAUUACACCUUGCGUGCCCAAGCAAUAAAUAGAAGGACAGGGAGACCUGUAGAACCGGAGUCUGAGUUUGUCAUAAAGAUACAUGACAUUAAUGAUAAUGAACCAACUUUUCUAGAACACAUUUAUAGUGCCAGUGUCCCUGAAAUGUCUGAUGUUGGUACUUUUGUGGUGCAAGUGACAGCUGCAGAUGCAGAUGACCCUUCAUAUGGAAACAGUGCCAGAGUUAUUUACAGCAUACUUCAGGGUCAGCCAUAUUUUUCUGUGGAACCUGAAACAGGUAUUAUUCGAACUGCUUUGCCAAACAUGAAUCGAGAAAUCAGAGAACAUUAUCAAGUUGUUAUCCAGGCCAAAGAUAUGGGUGGCCAGAUGGGUGGAUUAUCUGGUACUACCACUGUGAACAUUACACUGACUGAUGUCAAUGACAAUCCGCCAAGAUUUACUCAAAAUACCUAUCACCUCAGUGUCCUAGAAUCAUCUCAUGUUGGUACUAUAGUUGGUUAUAUAAAAGCUGUGGAUGCUGAUAUUGGCAGAAAUGCUGAAGUAAGAUACCGAAUAAUAGAUGGAGAUGAAAUGGGCAUGUUUGAAAUAACAACAGAGAGGAUAACACAGGAUGGUGUCAUUACUAUAAGGAAGAAAUUAGAUUACGAAAACAAAAGGUUGUAUACUUUAAAAGUGGAAGUUGAGAAUACACAUGUGGAUCCACAUUUUCACUACCUUGGACCUUUUAAAGAUACCACUACUGUGAAAAUCUCAGUGGAAGAUGCUGAUGAGCCUCCGAUGUUUGCUCGAUCUAGUUAUAUGUUUAAGGUGCAUGAAGAUAUUGAAUUGGGGACAAUAAUUGGCACUGUGAUGGCAAGAGAUCCUGACACUAUUUCCAGCCCUAUAAGGUUUUCUCUGGAUCGCCAUACUGACCUUGACAGAAUUUUUAAUAUACACUCAGGAAAUGGAUCAAUUUAUACUGCAAAACCUUUGGACCGUGAAAUAUCCCAGUGGCAUAAUCUUAGUAUUAUCGCUACGGAAAUUAAUAAUCCCAAACAAACAACCAGAGCAACAGUUUACAUUCUAAUUCUGGAUGUCAAUGACAAUGCACCACAAUUUGCAAUGUUCUAUGAUACAUUUGUUUGUGAAAAUGCAAGAACAGGACAGUUGAUACAGACAAUAAGUGCAGUGGACAAAGAUGAGCCCCCUGGUGGACAAAAGUUCUUCUUCAGUUUAGCGUCUGUAAACCCAAACUUCACAGUCCAAGAUAAUGAAGAUAACACUGCCCGGAUCUUAACAAGAAGAAAUGGAUUUAAUAGGCAUGAAAUAAACACAUAUCUUUUACCUGUGGUCAUAUCUGACAAUGAUUACCCUAUCCAAAGCAGCACUGGAACAUUAACUAUAAGAGUUUGUACAUGUGAUAACCGAGGAAACAGGCAGUCCUGCAGUGCUGAAGCCCUACUCUUACCUGCUGGCCUUAGCACAGGGGCACUGAUUGCCAUUCUUCUCUGCAUCAUAAUACUUCUACUUAUUGUGGUGCUAUUUGCUGCCCUGAAAAGACAGCGAAAGAAGGAGCCAUUGGUUUUGUCAAAAGAGGACAUCAGAGACAACAUUGUCAGCUACAAUGAUGAGGGAGGUGGAGAAGAAGAUACGCAAGCCUUUGAUAUUGGCACUCUUAGAAAUCCUGGUGCUAUUGAGGAUAAGAAACAUCGCAGAGAUAUUAUACCUGAAAGCUUGUUACCAAGAAGAACUGCUUCUGUUCCAGACAAUACGGAUGUCCGUGAUUUUAUUAACCAAAGGCUAAAAGAGCAUGAUAAUGAUCCCACUGCACCACCAUAUGAUUCACUUGCAACAUAUGCAUAUGAAGGCAAUGAUUCCAUAGCUGAAUCUCUAAGUUCUUUAGAGUCUAGUACUACAGAAGGUGACCAAAACUAUGAAUACCUCAAAGAAUGGGGUCCACGCUUCAACAAACUAGCUGAAAUGUAUGGCAAUGGGGAGAGUGAUAAAGAUUCCUAACUUGAACAAUGUACCAUCACUCUUUUUUAUUUGAAAGUGGAAUAAAUAUUGCGGGCACUUGGAAAUAGUAUUAACAAGUUUAAAAUACAUUUUUGUUCUGACACUCAGCACAGUGUUAAAAUAAUAACAAUAAUACAUAAAAAAAAGAAAAAAAAUAUUUUUACCACAUUCAUUUAUUUCAUCAGUUUUUAUUCUAUGUAGAAUAUCACCAUAGAGUAUGGCUAAUGUUAAUUAUAAACCAUGGAUCGAAUGCCAUGGCUAAUAUGUUGUCUGUCAAUCAAACAAUCAUUUUGAAAACUUGAAAAAAAGAAUACUUCCUCAUACAAACUCAUGUAUACAUUGCUUCGUUCGGGUAAAAUUGGCUGCCUUUCCAUUUGCAGCAGUUGUUUUUUUUCCAGAAGGGAGAAGGAAAUGAUUUUUCUGAUACAUAAUGUACAUUAAAAUUUACAGAAAUGUACAUGUGAUGUUAGUGUGAUGCAGCUGGUGAAGAUAUAUGUUAGUAGAAAUUCAUUUCAUCAAAUAGUAUCUUGCCAAUGUUUUAUAUUUAUAUUUUUGUAUUUAUUUUUAAGAAAUAAACCUGUUUUUACAACUUG